UAAUAAUCUAAUGAUUUGUGCAUGUGAAGAACAUAUUGAAUAAGUAGUAAAUUUGGAAUUGAUCAAUAAAGAAUAGUUGAAAGAUAGUUUUUUAAAGAAGAUACGAAAAAGAGAAAAUAAUGAAUUGGCUUAUAAUGAAAGGAGAAAAAGUAAAAUCACUUGAAUUAUUUUCUCUUAGAAAUUAAACUUUAGUAAUAAGCAAGGCCUAAAUUUGAAGAUUUAAUUUGUCCAAUAUGUCUAGAAAUCUUUUAAAAAGUUUCAACAACCUAAUGUGGGCAUGCAUUUUGUGAAAUGUGUAUAUUUGAUAGUUUAAUGAGGAAGGCAGUAAAUAGUUAUUUUAAUAAUAGGAAUGUCCUGUUUGUAGAGUGAAAAUUAAAACACACUCUUUCUAAUAUUGUAAAAGUUUUGAUAAUAGAAUCAUAGAUUUAGUUAAUUAAUAUGGAGAUCAAACAUAAAUUGGACAUUUUAAAAAUAGAUAACAAGAAACAGAAUAAUGGAAUAAAUCUAAAUAGUAUAAGAAUAUAUCUAAAUUAGAGUAGAUAACUUUGUAAUCAAUUAGUAAGUUGAUAUAAUGGAUUAAUAAUUUAUAUGGUGUGUAGCAACAAUAAAAUAAGUUAGUAAAAAGGAAUUAUUUAUUCAUUAUAAUGAAUGGGGAAAGGAGUAUGAUGAAUUUAUUCCAUUGAAUUCAAAUAGAAUUGCCCCAUUAGGACUUUAUACAAGUAGAGAGGACAUUCCAAAAUAUUAACCUGAAUAAAGAUCAUUUUAAGAAAUCUUAGAAUUUAUAAAUUAGCAUGGAGAUCUUUCAAAUUAAAAUACAUAACAUGAAUGA